CGCGCCAUUCCUGGAAAGACUCAGGCUCUCCUAAGUGGCCCUAACAGCAGUUCUAUCACUAAUUCUAGCUUCUCCUUGCCUGCUGGUGCGAGCGAAGCGUCUGCGCAUACUGGCGGCAUCACAAAGCCCCCGUACGAUCGUCCUCGUCCUAUUGUCCACCUAGACGUUGCCUUUCUGCCAGGGGGAGGUUCGCAUUAUUUUGUAGAUGUGGAAUGGUUCAAGCGAGUGCGCGCUCGUCAUUAUAUAGCUACUGAUCCUAUGGUUACGUCAGCUCUAAUGGAAGCCAUUUUAGUUGGAAAGGAGUCCUGGACAGAGAUGUGCCCUUUUGGCGAAUUUACCGUGGCGUCAUCAUACCUGUUUGUCUUGCUCCCUCCUUUUCGAGUGGCUGAUCCUGCUCUAGUCUCCUGUCCAGAUCUGCCUCAUGGGCCCGCGAAUCCGAUUCUUACCUUUCUGGUUGACCGAUUUCACUCGAUUCCAGCUCCAGUGUAG